ACUGGUCUCUAAGACCCGUUCCUUGGCUAAUAACAUGACAACUGCUGAAAAAAUUGUUGGAUGGCAGACUGGAGAAGAUCUUCUGGUCUCUAAGACCCGUUCCUUGGCCAACAACAUGACAAUUGCUGAAGAAAAUGCUGGAUGGCAGCCUGGAGAAGUUGAGACAUCUGAUUGCUCAAAAAUUCGUGCAAAGGUGAUACCUGUUUUGCGCAAUGGUAGAGAUGGGCCUGGCUAUCCUGUUCUUAAUAGAUGUUUGUUUGGCAGCUCCAGAAAUUGUAACAUCAUUAUACAGAAUUUAAAAAAAAAAGAAUGCCUGUUAGAGGUCUCAAGGGAGAGACAGGCUGUUUUGAAGACAGGGAAAGAAAUUGAAAGACUCUACGAUAAAAGCCGAUUCACUGUUGGAGACAGAGUCUUUUGUUUGCAGAUAGUUAGGCCAAGGAAAGAGGAUGUCACAUCAAAACAAAAAAAACAACCUAGUCAAGUAAACUCAGAUUAUGAGGAAGAAGAAAACGAAUCUGAGGAGUGUAUGUCCAACUAUUCAGAUGACUCUGACUUUGUUCCAAGUGAAGAAGAUCUAGAGGAUGAAUUGGAAGAGGAAGAAUCAGAUGAUUUAAAUCUAUCGGAUUUUGAAAAAGAUAUGUCAGUGGAGCGAGUCAGUGGAAGUGAUAGCGAUGAUUCUGAAGAAAUUACCGGUAGCAAUGUAUAUUCCAGUUUAAACAUCAGUAAAAAAAUUUCUGUCUUAAAAACAGGAAUAAACUCCAAAGGUAGAAGAGACAACAAAUCUCAUGUGUGCGUAUAUUGCGAUACCUUUACAACAAACGUCGCAAGACACUUAUCUUUAAAACACCAAAAUGAGCCUGAAGUUGCUAAAAUUUUGAUUCUUCCAAAAAGAAGCAAAGAAAGAAGAAAGAUGUGGGAUGUUUUGGUAAAGAAAGGAGACUUCAACCACAACUAUGGUGUGUUGGAAAAGGGUAAUGGCAUUUUAAUCCCAAAAUACAGAGCAAAAACUGAUAAUGAUUGCAAAGCCUACCUUCCUUGUCAAUUCUGCAAAGGGUUUUACAAAAAGUCGGACCUUUGGAAACAUCAGAAAACUUGCAAAAAAACAUGGUCUGUAAAUGAUGUCUCUAUUCCACCUAUGAGAAGUGGGAAGUUGCUCCUUCCUGUGGGAGAUACAAAAUUGAACAGACUGUUAUACGAUCAUGUCAUUACCAGAAUGAAAGAUGACCAGGUUAGAAGUACAUUGGAAGGAGACUUUCUAAUAAUGCGCUUUGGGCAUAGACUUUAUGAAGAACAGGGUCAUUUUCAACAUCGCCAUCAAUACAUUGCCCAAAAAAUGAGAGAAUUAGGGCGCCUUCUAGAAAUUCUCAAAACCAAACACAACAUACCAUGUUUAGAAGAUUCGAUGAGAGCCUCAAACUGGGAGUCGUUGGUGGAGGCAGUCAAGAACUUAGCUGACUUUGACAAGGAAACUCAAACAUUUGGCAUACCAUCCCUUGCUUUAAAGAUCGGAUUUAGUAUGAAGAAAUGUGCAGAGGAUUUACUGUUUUUCUCCAUCAGAAACGAAAACGAACAGCAGAAGCAAAUUGCUGAUACAUUUUUGCAGCUGUACAGUUGUGACUGGAAGACAUCUAUUUCUGCCAAAGCGUUGAAUUCUCUCUCUCAAAGAAAAUUUAACAAAACCCAACUUUUACCACUAGUAGAAGAUGUUGUGAAGAUGAACUCCUACUUAAAUAAGAGGGCUGAGGAGAUUAAAAAAAAUUGGACCGAGGAAUCUUAUGCCGAAUUUGCCAAAAUUUGUUUGGCCCAAGUGAUUUUAUUCAAUCGUAAAAGAAGUGGGGAAGCAGAGAGAAUGACAGUAAAGGGUGUCCAUGAUUCAAAAAGAGGAGGACAUGUAGAUCCAGUUGUGAAAGACACUCUUUCUGAAUUCGAGAAGCAUCUUUGCAAAACGCAUUUAAGAGUUGAGAUUCUAGGGAAGAAAGGACGGAAAGUCCCUGUUCUACUUACGAAAGCCAUGCAGACCAACAUUGAGUUACUUCUCAAAAAAAGAUCAUCUGACUCUGAAUAUCUGUUUGCUAGGGCUAACAAUAGUUGUUCCCAUUAUAGAGGUUCUGACAGUAUUAGGGAAUUUGCAUCUAAGUGUGGGGCCAAACAUGCAGAUCUUAUAACAUCUACAAAACUUCGAAAACAAUUGGCUACUUUGGCCCAGGUUUUGAACUUGAAGGAAAACUCCCAAGACAUAUUGGCAACAUUCCAAGGUCAUGAUAUCAGAAUUCAUAGAGAAUUUUACCGCCUCCCUAGCGAUGCUCUUGAAUUAGCGAAAGUUUCAAGACUUCUUCAUUGUAUCAACAACGGAACAAUCUCAAAAUAUAAGGGAUUAGAUUUUGAUGAAAUAGAAUUUGACAAAGAGGAAAUGGUUGAAGAAGAAGAUGAUGAGGUGGAUGAAAAUGAUGAAGAUGAUGUGGAGCAAAUGUGGGAUCAAUCAGGAUAUGACGAUAGUUAUCAUGAAAAUGGAGGUGAAGCAUGUAAAAGAACAGCGAAGUCAUCAAGUAAACCUGUCAAGAAAGGACCACCGCAAGCACCACGACAUGUAUGGACAAGAGAAGAAAAAGCUGCCUUAGAGCGCCAGUUUCCACUCGAAAUAAAAUUAGGGAAGACGCCAGGCCAGCUGAAAUGCCAGACUGCUAUAAACUCAGAAAAAACAUUGGCUUCAUUUAGUUGGAAGAGUAUCAAAUAUGCAGUGAGAAAUAUUAUCACGUCUAGAAAGAGGAUUUUUCAAAAGUAAUACAGCAGUUGAUUACUUCUUGAUUUUCAGUAUAAAAUCUUUCUUUUAUCAAACAAGAUAAACUGCUGAAGUUGCUAGAUCUUUUUUAUUCUUCAAUGCUUGUUCAGAUUAAUCAUCAUGCUACAAAGACAUAUGUUGAAACACAAUGAGGAAUAGGCAACACUACAUGGGGAUAUAUUGUAUAUAUAAAAAUGGUAGUAACCUUUGGAUAUGUAGUUAAGAUGAUAUUUUGCUGAAUAUUUGACAACUCUGUAGUGACUUUGGUGUGUGUAUGAACAAUUUUGUGAUUUGUUGUAUGUGUAAAUGACGUCAAACAUAAGAGAGAAGCAAAUCACUUAGCAGCAGCAUCUAUAUUGCUGUUUGCUGAGAAGGAAAGUAAUAUCAUUAUGUGUCUAAAGCAUAUAUAUGUACUUGUAUUGUAAGCAAUACUGCUUGUAAAUGGCAAUAUUUGUGUUAGCUAAAAAUAAAGUUUAUUGUUCGUAGAAUAUGUAUGUAGUACUUAUAUCAGUUGCACGUACAUGUAAAUUAGUCUAUGCAUUAAAAAAAUCCUUGUAAAGACCAAUUUUUAGAGGUAGUAAUAGGAUGCAGAUGAUUUUAUUUUAAGAAUUAUGAAAAUAUAUGCACAACAGUUUAAAAUGAAUAAUGAUUUGUAAUUAAAUAUACAUGUAUAAUGUGUAUUGAUUGAAAUGUAACAAAUUUUACAAAUUGAAUGUUGUUUUGAAUUAUUUGUUAUAUUUUUGAUGGUUUGUGUUCUGGAAUCAAUUAUUUUGAUAAAUGAAAUCAUAUUAUAAUCUUAUAUAAUUUGUAUGCUUAAACUUUUUACCUUAACGUUUUGAAGGUGUAUUUUGUACAAACUAUAUAAUACCAUAAUUACUUAAAACUUUCAAGUUUCAACACCUCUGAACAGUGGAUUUUCUUCAGAAUUAAUUUACACGUUGAAUACAUAUUGCAUAUUAAUAAUAGCAUAUAAACAUUUGUUUAAAGUUGUAAACAUUUUGUAAUAUUUUGCUAUAUAUUUGACAAAAGUAAAGUGACUUUUUGUGUGUAUCAAAAUUGUAGUGACUUAACAUCUUGAAGUAAAAGAUUUCUGUGUAUUAGUUGUGUACACUACAUGGGGAUAUAUUGUAUAUAAAAAUGGUAGUAACCUUUGGAUAUGUAGUUAAGAUGAUAUUUUGCUGAAUAUUUGACAACUCUGUAGUGACUUUGGUGUGUGUAUGAACAAUUUUGUGAUUUGUUGUAUGUGUAAAUGACGUCAAACAUAAGAGAGAAGCAAAUCACUUAGCAGCAGCAUCUUUAUUUGGCUCUUCAUCGUUUAUAUAUCAGUUGUAUUUCAAUAACUCAGCCACAAUGUUUAUCGCACAGAUAUAUUAAGCAUACAAUGUCAUGUAUUUGUAAUCGGAUCAGUGUAAGCAUGAGCUUUGAAAAUGUGAAAAAUGGUUUACUAAUGUUUAUGAAUAGAAUAAAAGUUAUUG